AUGUUAGAAAAUGGCGACGGGCACACUUUCUCUGGAGAUCUUUGAGCCAUUUCGUCUGAAUAUUCAGACGUUCCUUGUGUUCUGCCUUGUCUUUCUCCUGACCUACCUGUAUCUUAGACGUCCCCGGAACUUGCCUCCCUACCCGGCAGGAUGGGUGCCUGUUCUCGGGCACCUCCCCGCCUUGGGCCGAGCGCCUCACCUGAAGCUGACGGCGUGGAGGCGGCAGUACGGGGACGUCUUCACCGUCAGGAUGGGGAUGGAAGAUGUGGUGGUUGUGAACGGCUACAAGGCUGUCAAGGACGUGAUCGUGGACAGGUCCGAGCUGUUCGCUGACAGGGCACCGUCGUACAUAUUUGAUGCUUGUACUGGUUUCGGAAAAGACAUCGGCGGUGGACGAUGGGGGAAUGAAAUGAAACAGAAAAGGAAAUUCAUCUCUGCGUCCCUGAAGGCACUUGGCAUGAAAGUGGGGACAGGAAGCGUUGAAGAAAAUAUCCGAGAAGAAGCAGGCCUCCUCUGUGACAAGGUGGCAAAAUAUAGAGGGAGGCCUUUUGACAUCGAGAGAGAUCUACACGUGGCAAUAGGCAACGUCAUCUGCUCUAUGAUCUUCGGGAAUCGCUUCGACCACGCUGAUGAGACGUUUAAAGACCUCACGAGAUCAGCCAUGACUGUCAACUCAAAAAUAGGACCUGCACAGCUCGUGAGCGUCUUUCCAGUACUGCGAUUUGUUCCCGGCGCAAACAAGUCAAUUAAGGAUGCACUCCACCACGCCGCGAAGAUGCAGAAGUUUAUUCGGGAUGAGAUAGUUCGCCACCAGCAGGACACGGAUCCAGACAAUCCACGUGACUUCAUCGAUUUUGGCCUGAAGGAAGUCGAGAAUCAAGGAAAGGUGAAGAACUUCACCAAGGAAAAUGUGAUGUACAUCGCUCAUGACUUCCUCCUUGCUGGGAUCGACACCAGUGCCAGCACUCUGCGCUGGGCCUUGCUAUACCUGGCCAUGGACACAAACAUCCAAGAGAGGGUGCAAGCGGAGAUUGAUGCCGUUGUUGGCGGCGCCCUGCCCGCCCUGUCCCACCGCCCCCAGCUGCCCUACACCGACGUCUGCAUCAUGGAGGCGCAGCGGAUCCGUACGGUGGUUCCUCUCGGUCUCCCGCACGCCACCACUCGGCAGGUUACCAUAAAUGGAUUUGACCUUCCUGCUGGAACGCAAGUCCUGAACGACUUGUGGUCCGUCCACAUGGACCCCGAGUACUGGCCUGACCCUGAGCGGUUUGACCCCAGCAAGUUCCUAGACGCAGAAGGGCGCAUCAUCAACAAGCCCGAUGCCUUCAUGCCAUUUUCAGGAGGACGGCGGGGUUGCCCAGGGGACCAGCUCGCUAAGAUGGAGCUGUUUCUGUUCUUCACCACCCUCCUGCAGAACUUCACCUUCCGCUUACCGGAGGGGGUUACGUCCUAUCCUACUGAGGGAGAGUUCGGUAUCGUCCUUCGCCCACCCGGGUCCCAUGUGCUCUGUGCCACUCCGCGUUGAGAGACCAAUUCUAUAGGCUGGUUCACGGUUUGAGCUGUACAUGCGCAGCGUGAAGUAUUGUGGGUAAUGUGUCAAAGUCGAAUGCCUCUGAGACACAAAUGAAACGCAUUUAGACAGCAUGGUCUAGACAAGAAUUUACCAUGAGCUAUGACCUCCCUUCACCUUUGACCAGCGCAUGCGUAAUUCAAACCGUAAACUGACUUACAGUCCCAACCACCCUCGAACACCAAUGUUACUCGGA